AUGGCACUCCUAGUCGACAAGUUGCGUCCGCGCUCUCUAGAUGCUCUCACGUAUCAUCAGGAUCUUUCGGAUCGACUUUCUGCCCUUGCAUCCUCCCCAGAUUUCCCACAUCUCCUCUUCUAUGGGCCCUCGGGCGCAGGCAAAAAGACACGCAUCCUCGCCACACUGCGAGCGCUGUAUGGCGGAGGAGCCGAGAAGAUCAAGAUCGAUGCGCGGAUCUUCACCACGUCGUCGAACCGCAAAGUCGAAUUCAACAUCGUGUCAUCCGUCUACCACCUCGAAAUCACGCCCAGCGACGUCGGCACCUACGAUCGCGUGGUGAUCCAAGACCUCCUGAAAGAAGUCGCGCAGACACAGCAAGUCGACCUGACAGCAAAGCAACGCUUCAAAGUGGUCGUGAUCAACGAAGCAGACAGCCUCUCACGCGACGCGCAGGCCGCCCUCCGCCGCACCAUGGAGAAGUAUAGCAACAACGUGCGCCUGAUCUUGGUGGCGAACAGCACAGCGGGGAUCAUCGCGCCAAUCCGGUCACGGACGCUGCUGAUGCGCGUGGCCGCACCCUCCGAAGCAGACAUCAGCGACGCCCUGAGCAAAGCCGCGAAAAAGGAGAACUGGAAGGUGAUACCGGCGCUGAACGAGCGGAUCGCGCGCGAAUCGGGCCGCAAUCUGCGCAAAGCGCUCCUCAUGUUCGAGGCCGUGUACGCCCAGCACCCGGAACCCAGCGAGAAGACGCCGAUCCCGCCGCCGGACUGGGAAGUCCUCAUCGAGCAGAUCGCGGGCGACAUCGUGCGUCAGCGCAACCCGGAGAUGAUCCUGCAGACCCGCGCGAAGCUGUACGACCUACUCUCCCACUGCAUCCCCGCCACGAUGGUGCUGAAGACGCUCUGCUGGAAGCUGGUCGCGCGGCCCGAGGUCGACGAGUCCCUCAAGGCCGAGAUCGUGCGCUGGGCCAGUUUCUACGAGCAUCGCAUCCGUCUCGGCAGUAAGGUCAUCUUCCACCUUGAGGCUUUUGUCGCGAAGUUCAUGCGCAUCUUUGAGGGGUUCCUGGUCGGUAUGGAUUUCUGA